CGGAGACUCGUACAAUACAUAUAAUCUUCCUGUCCCAACCUCCAUCACCGCCCGAAUCCGCAUCUUGCUCUUCAUCACACUAAGCUUUGAAUUCAACGUGUUAUUGCUCGCAUCGUUGCUGUCCUAGAAAACAACAUUCACAACAUGGGCUCUUCAUCGAAUGACAGGGAAUGGGUAAGUCACACUGGAUCUUCACCUAUUACCAAGUAACACAAGGAUCCCAACAGGAUUUGGGCAUGAUGUUAACUUGUUCUUCAAUCCCUCAAUGCCUUGCAAAACUUUGAGCCUCCAGCUGAUUCAAAUUCCGCAGUCUUCCAAACGUCUUCUCCCCUCACCAAAACAACAACAUAGUCCACCACCACCACCCUACACAGCAAACUCCUCAUCCUCAUCCACCAGAUCCUAUCCAAGUGGGAAAACACCUUCCUCUUCCGGAUAUCCCACACCUCCAGCAUCUGCCAGUCCAACCAAAGGCUCUUUCCACCCAACCAAUCCAUAUUCCUCAUCCGCAUCAUCUCAGCGGCAAUCCUUGGCUCCACAACCCCACAGAAGACGAGGAAGCUCUUUAGGCGAACGAUUUCCCGGCGACAUGUCACAUCGACCACUAGACCAGAUCCGCAAGGAAACAAAAGCUGCACACCGAUCACCACAUCUAAGAAAGAAAGCAAUUCCCGGAGCAGAUGUCAUUGAUUCUUUGGAUCAAUCGAUUUUUGGUGCCUACCACCAUGAGGGUCCUUACGAUGCCACCUUGAUGUCCCGCAAUCGCACAUUCAAGAACUCGCCAGUUGCUGCGGUUCGAGACUCGAAUAAUGAGGCAUUGAAGGCUACACCUGCACACCAUAUUCGAGACGCACUUGAUAAACAUGUUCCUCUAUCUGGCGUUGCUACUAUUCCACCGGGAAUGGCUGGAUUCGAUGGGAAAGUGAUGGAUUAUGAAGAGGGUGCUGAUUUGAUGCGGGAGUCCGAUGCAGGAGGUGGUGCUUACAAGAGAUGGGAUCACAUCGUAUGUUACUUCCAUGUCCUGAUCCAUUUUCUAGACUAAUAGAUUGUAGAAAUACCUUCCUGAAGAUCUCAAAGGUAAAGGCGAGCCAUCCUACUCCAUCGAGAAAUCCUUGAAGAAAGACAAGCACAUCUCUCGCAAUCGGGGGAAAUCCGUUGGCGAAGGCAACAGCUAUGAAAUGCAACCUCAACGUCUAUCACGCCACCGGAGCGUCGGAAAUUCCAAUGAUUCAAGAAGUUAUGAUCAAUUCUUACGUCCCGAUCAUUACUCACAUAAUGGGGAGGGAAGUAGUAGUGGCGGGGGGUUCAGCAGUGGAUUGAAGAAACGAUUUGGUAGUUUCAGAAGGAAGAAGACUGUAACUACAGAGGUUUGAACUUAAGAAGGGUUGGGAUUGUUUUUGGGCACGAAAAUGGAGAAUGAACAUAACGAGGAAUAUAUUUUAAAAUAGAUGGAUGGGCUUGCAAUUGGGAUUGGUGUUGCCGGCAUAUGGCAAAC